GGGAGGGGGGAGGCGGGACGAGAGAAGUUGUUCAUGUCGGCAGAGCGCACCGCGAGUCCAACCUCUCCACGCACCGGAGCGCAAAGACAACAUGAUGCUUGAAUCUUAGGCUACUCAGACGUUUAUAGUGGGUUACUGACCAGACUUCAACUCUAAGCAUCUUCUUUAUCUGCAUAAAGAACCGUCAAGGGCCGAUGUAUCGAUGAAUUUCCUCGGGAAACUAACAAACGUCCUCCUGCUGGUGCUCCUCGCAGCUCAAGGCUGUUUUUCAUCUAAGGGGGAGGACAGAUUAUUUCGGAGAUUGUUCAGGAGGUACAACCAGUUCAUCCGACCAGUGGAGAAUGUAUCUGAUCCAGUCACCGUGGAGUUUGAGGUCUCCAUGUCCCAGCUGGUCAAAGUGGAUGAGGUGAAUCAGAUUAUGGAGACCAAUCUGUGGCUGAGACAUGUCUGGAACGACUACAAGCUGAAAUGGGCCCCUAUUGAGUACGAUGGGAUUGAGUUCAUACGAGUUCCAUCCAAUAAAAUUUGGAGGCCAGAUAUUGUUUUGUAUAACAAUGCUGUAGGUGACUUUCUUGUGGAAGACAAGACCAAGGCUCUGCUGAAGUUUGAUGGCACCAUCACCUGGGUUCCUCCAGCUAUUUUUAAAUCCUCCUGCCCCAUGGACAUCACCUACUUCCCCUUUGACUACCAGAACUGCUCCAUGAAGUUUGGCUCCUGGACAUACGACAAGGCCAAGAUCGACCUGGUGCUGAUUGGCUCAAAGGUCAACUUGAAAGACUUCUGGGAAAGUGGAGAGUGGGAGAUCAUCGACGCUCCGGGAUACAAGCAUGACAUCAAGUACAACUGCUGCGAGGAGAUCUACCCGGACAUCACCUACUCCUUCUACAUCCGCCGCCUGCCUCUCUUCUACACCAUCAACCUGAUCAUCCCCUGCCUCCUCAUCUCCUUCCUCACGGUGCUGGUCUUCUACCUCCCGUCUGACUGCGGCGAGAAGGUCACCCUCUGCAUCUCCGUCCUCCUCUCCCUCACUGUGUUCCUGCUCGUCAUCACCGAGACCAUCCCUUCCACGUCCCUCGUCAUCCCUCUGAUCGGCGAGUACCUCCUCUUCACCAUGAUUUUUGUCACGCUCAGCAUCGUCAUCACUGUCUUUGUGCUGAACGUCCACUACCGCACCCCCAUGACUCACACGAUGCCGGACUGGGUGAGGUCCGUGUUCCUUGGGGUGUUGCCCAGGGUGAUGCUGAUGAGGAGGCCAAUCGACCAGGGCUGCUCCACCACUGCCAAUAUUGCGGUAACAGGAGGAGGAAGGAAGAAGAGAAAGACCAGCAUAGGAAGUGGUUCAGGAAGUGUUAUUAUUGGCGGUAUAACUGGGGGUGUAGCGUUUCCACCCACAGAUGUUGGGGCAGGAGGCGGGGCUGCAUCAGCGAGUGCUUCAAUGAACUGUGUGGAGUAUGGCGAGGUUAACCGAGACAAGAACCGGGACAUUAACAGGCGAUGUCCCUACAGAGGCAAGGAGGUACCGACUCCUGUCCCUCCCCCGAUGGUGUCGCCACCUCCUCCCCCUCCUCCUCCUCCACCUCCCCCGUCCUCACAGGUGACCCCGACCCAGGCGCCCAAGGAGUCGGAGAUACCCAAGGUGCAGAGGCCAGUGAAAGCCCCUUCACCUAUCAGCGCUGUCGUUGCCUUCUCCGUUGUGUCGCCAGAGAUCAAGCAGGCCAUAGAGAGCGUGAAGUACAUCGCAGAGAACAUGAGGACUCGCAACAAAGCCAAAGAGGUGGAGGACGACUGGAAGUACGUCGCCAUGGUCAUCGACAGGAUCUUCCUGUGGGUUUUUGUGACAGUGUGUAUUUUGGGAACAGUGGGACUCUUCCUCCAGCCGCUCAUCAGCUUCUUUCAAUGAGACACUCGUCUUUGCCCCUUUUCUCUCUCUCUCUCUCUCCCUCUCUUUUUGUCUACUUCAGUCUGUCUCUGUGCCCCACUUGAAAUACUUUGGGAAUAAUCCCUCCUGCAGCUCUUUCAAAUCAAACUGUCUUCUUUUUCAUUUUGCGGCGUUUUGUCUCUCCAUGCUUUCCUCUGGGAGUCCAAAAUCAGCCAUCACUUCUAGCUCUCAGCUGUUUCCUCACAUGACUUACCCUGAUUUCCCAUUACAUCUUUGUCUUGCCCUCUCAAUGGGCCGGCAAUGCUGUUAUUCAGUCUCUUCUCCACAGUUUUUUUUCUGACAUGAUUAUCACAUCUGCGCACCUCUCAGAUUUUCUCCUCUUCGGUGCCAUCAUUUUGACCUGCAACUGCCUGCAGCUUAUUUCUUCACCGUAGUCUCCUGUCUCCACUUUCGUCCAAUCUUCUAUGCAUUUCCAUUGUGUGUAUUUGACUGAGAUUUCCACUCAGUCAUUGUUAUUGUACAGUAUUAUACAGUAUGUUUAACAAUGUCAGGUCUUUUUUUCAACUUUUUAUUUUAGUUUUUUAUAAACAAACAGCCAGACAGACAGCACAAUAGCAGUUGGCAAACAAAUUAGGAUGACAACAAUGUGGUUCGAGUCCGACAGGAUAAAAAACAAAGACAAAAUAAAACAAAAAAUAAAUGAAACAAAACCAAAAAUGGACUGCGACUGGACAAAAAUCAACAACAAAAAAAACGAAAUCUAAAGGCUCUGAGUCUAAGUCCAUUAUUAAUAACAUAAUGCAAAAGUAGAGAUCAAACAAUGUGUAUAAAUGGAACAAAAAGACCAAAUAUAUAAAAAAUAAAUAAAAAACAUAGCACUUGUUGGUCAGUCAGCCACCCACUAAUCACAGUUUAACACCGCAGGUCCACCACCCUAUUGUACAGAGACAUCCGGCAUGUCCAGCUCCCGUAUUGUAGAAGGGGUUACACAUCUUGUGGAAUUUCCCCAGGGAGCCCCUCAGUAUGCACCUUAUUUUCUCGAGUUUGGCUGAAUUUAGGACUUCUUUUAACCACAAGGUGUGUGAAGGGGAUGUUGGAGACUUCCACAUGAGCAAUAUCAGGCGUCUGGCUAGUAAGGUAACAAAGGCUAUGUAGGCUGUCUCCAGAGAAGAGAGUGGCCAUGUUGGUGGGUUACAUCAAACAGUGCGGUCAUGGCAUUAGGAGCAAUCGGUUUUCCAGUGAUUUCUGACAGUGAUCUAAAGAUGUCAGUCCAAUAAGAGUGUAAGACCGGACAAGACCAGAACAUGUGUGCGUGACUCGCCGGUGCUUGGCUACAUCUGUCACAAGUUGGGUCCACCUCCUUAUAUAUUUUAGAGAGCCUGAGUUUAGUAAAGCGUGUGCGAUGCACUACUUUGCACUGAAUCAGUCCAUGUCUAGCACAAAUAGAAGAUUUAUGUACAUUAGCAAGGGUUUUUUCCCAAAGUUCUUCAGAAAUCUCCUCCCCAAAAUCUAUUUCCCAAAGAGAUUUAAUGGAGUUCAGGGUAACCAAACGAAGAGAGUAAAUCUGAGCGUAAAUACACGUCAUCAUUCCCUUCACAGUAGGUAACGGCCUAAGGAGUGUGUUUAGCGGCGAAUCAGUUAGGAAUUAGGAUUAGGAAACUAAGGAAAUCUAUUAUUAACAAAACUGCGAAUCUGUAGAUACCUGAAGAAAUGUUGCCUAGGUAGUGCACAUUUAUCAGAUAGCUGUUGGAAAGAGGCAUGUGUUGUGAAUUAGUGUUAAUUUCGUUGACUAAAACAAUGACGAAAUAUGUUCGUCAACGACCUUUUUUUCCAUGACUAAAACGAGACGAUGACGAGACGGCACCGACGGCAGUAAACAUUAACUGUAACGAAAUCA